CUUUCUUCAUUAUUUACUCUUUCUUUUUAAUAUUUAGGGAAAUAUUUAUAUCUGAUUCAAUUUCUUUUGGCUAAAUAAAUUUGAUUUGUAAUAAAUCAGAUUCACUUUUCACAAUUAUUGGGUAAAAGGAUUAUGAAUUUACGAUGAUUUUUUGUUCUUAUACAUAUAUAUAAGUAUAUAUAUAUGUUUAUGAUUCAAGUUGGCAAGCUCAAUUGGGUAAGUAAAUCAUCUAUAUUUUUAUUUUUAUUUUUAUGAUCAUGUAUCUUCUUUAUUUAAAUAAUAGGUGCAUCAUGCCAUUUAGUUAAAUCCCUUGAGAUCAUUUAUUGAUCGACUGUGAUUUACAUGCAUGAGUACAUUUUUAUGGAGGAAAUUAUUUAAUGUGUACUUUGUCACAUACGUUGCAAAUCUUUCUACUUUCUAGUUUUGCACGACUGACAUGCUAUGCUUUGAUGAUAUAGUUGUGAGUCAGAGUCAGUAUAAGAAGAUGAUUGAAACAACAUGAUAGAUGAUAGAUAGAUAAAUAGAUAGACACCAGAAAUGUGUAACCUUAGGAGUUACGAGUUACGAGUUACGAGUUACGAGUUGAAUGAAUAAGUUUGUUGAUGAGAUACUCUGUAAUAUAUGUAGAAAGAUGAAUCGGAAGAGUAGCAGAAAUGAAGAAAGAAGUGAUACUAUAAUUGGUAGGAAAUAAGAAAAACAAGUGUGGGAAAAUGGGUAUGGAUGGCGCAAAUUGUAACAGUACAAUAUCAAGUGUUGCCACAAAUAGUCUUUCCUUUGUUGGUUUGCUGGUAUUGUGCCAUGCCUUGCAUGUCCUAUUUAAACCUUUUUCCCAGCCGCGGUUCAUACCGGAAAUCAUUGUGGGGUUAUUCUUAGGCAAUUGGUCAUUGGUGAGAACACAACUAGAAGUAGAUUCUAAUAAAUUGCAAAGCAUGAAAUUUGUAAUAGAUUUUGGGAUGACAAUCUACAUGUUUGUUUUGGGACUUGAGAUGGACGCUUCAUCGCUUAUUCGCAUUCCUAAGAGAGAAGCUAUAGUUGCAUAUGCUGGGAUGGUUUUUACAUUUAUUUUGACCAUUGUAUUUUCUCCUUUGUUACAUUAUGGAGUGAGCACAAACCUUAGAUUUUAUUUCGCUUUCUCUAUAAUAAUGUCGAGUACAGGAUCCCCUUUGCUAACACGUGUGUUGACAGACCUUAAGAUUGGCAAGUCUAACAUCGGCAAGUUUGCUAUUUCAGCAGCUGUAUACACUGAAUUAAUAACAAUAUUGAUUAGUUGCAUUGGUUAUGCCAUAUUUCAACCCGAAGGUGGGUUUUUGUUUCGCGGUCAACAAAUAGGGAGUGGUCAUAGUGCCAUCCUUGUUAGUGCAACACUAUUGGCACAAACCAUCAUAACAAUUGUAACGGGACCUAUCGUUCUUCGAUGGGUCAAUGAUGCAAAUCCCCAUGGAAAAACAAUUAAAGGCUCUCACAUGAUUCUCUCCGUUGCAUAUUCUGUGUGUGUUGGAUGCAUUUCACCUCUUAUGGGUUUUAGCCCUGUGCUUAGCGCAUUUGUGACUGGGGCUUUCUUACCUCGACAAGGCAGGAUUUCCCAAUUUGUUGUUACUAAAGUUAAUAACUUUUUGGCCAUUGUUUUCUAUCCUUACUUUUUUGUGUGGGUGGGUUUGGAAGCUCGUAUUGGUCAAUUUAAGGUUUUGGAAGAUCAAGCUUGGUUAAGGUUACUUGGCUUCUUUGCCGUCGAAAUGGUUGCUAAGAUUCUUGGAUCUCUUUUCUCGGGGUUGAUCUUUGAUUUUCAUUGGCCCGAGUCCACAAAACUUGCAUUACUUUUGAAUGUCAAAGGUCAUUUGCACAUAUACCUCACUAUUAUUGCCAUGAAGAAUCAACUCAUCACUUAUUCAACAUGUAUAUCUAUGAUAUUAGCAAUACUAUUCAAGAUCAUCUACAUUCCAAUUAUUGCACGACAAAUCAUUCGACGUGGUAGGAAACGUUUCCCCAAUCAACCUUUAGCAUUACAAUGGCAUGAUCCUGACAAGGAACUUAGGAUUCUAAUAGGGUUUCAUGGCCCAGAAAAUGUCCCUUGUGCCAUAAAUUUUAUGGAGAUCUCCAAGGAGAGUGGUGAUCCAGGCAUGGUGGUAUAUGCUACUGACAUGAUACAACUGACAGACGAGAUCGCUGCCACAUUAGUUUCGGGAGGUAUAGAUAUGGUUGAGGUUACUGAUGAGACGGUUAUUAAAAAUAGAGAUAAAAUUACCACUUCAUUACACGAAUAUAUACAAGACAGUGAAGAUGACAUAACCCUUCAAAGAGCAAUGGCCUUGGCCACUUUCAACAAUAUGCACCAGGAAAUUAUCAACUUAGCAGAGGACUCGUUUAUCACUCUAAUAAUCCUUCCUUUUCAUAUUGGUCUCCCAAAUGUCAACAAUACUCAUAGUGGCAAUGACGCAUUCAGAUAUGUAAACCGCAAGGUUCUUCGCAAUGCUCCAUGCUCCGUUGCAGUGAUGGUCGAUCGAGGUCUUGGUGGAGUGAAGAAGUUAAUAUCAAAAUCAUCAAACAACACUUUAAAUGUUGUUGUUAUAUUUAUUGGGGGAAAAGAUGACAGGGAAGCAUUAGCUUAUGCAGGACGUGUAGCCUACCAUGGUAGAGUGAAACUUACUAUUAUAAGAUUCCUAGUAGCGACCGAUAUAGAGAAUAAUAGCACAAGAAGAACAAGUCAACAAAUAGAAGAGAUGAAACUAGAUGAUGAAUGCUUUGCAAAUUUCUACGAUAAAUUUAUUGCGGGGGGAAAAGUGUCCUACCAAGAGAAGCACCUGGUGAAUUCAACACAAGCUUACUCCAUAUUACGAUCAUUAGAAGGAUUGUAUCAACUUUUUAUCGUGGGAAGAGGAGGGCGUGCAAAUACAAUGUUGACUGUGGGAAUGAACGAUUGGGAACAUUGUCCAGAAUUAGGUCCCUUAGGGGAUUUACUAUCAUGCCCUGCUUUCUCCACCAAUGCGUCUGUCUUGAUUAUUCAACAACAUGACCCUAAAUUUGAACACGGGGGUUAUGAGAUUGAGUUUCCCGCAUUGUAGUCCUUCUUUUAACAUCAUAUCAAUCAAUUUUGUAAACCCCUUUUUAGAAUUUACUUGUAUUACCGAUUAGAGUACAUGUGUCAGAUCAAAAUUAACACUUCAUAGAUUAAUUUAAUAACAAUUAUAUCUAAUCUUACACUUACUAAUUAACACAACUAAGAUGAUUUGCUAGUCAUAUUCAAAUCUUGAAAUCAAAUGUAAGUACUAUUCCCUCCGCCCCUAAAAGAUUGCCACAUAUUCUUUUUUGGGACAGAGGAAAUAGUUGUUAAAGUAAGUGGAUU